AUGGGUGUAAAUAUGUGGCUGCAAGGCUCAUAAUCCUCUUGCACCAAGUGGCGAGAGGUCGAAUAUGCGCCACCGCUUGCUCCUCCUGCUCGUCUUCUUGCUUCCCCAUGAAACCCUCUCCGGCACAACGGCCGCCGCCUCGUGUAACCGCUGGUGCGGCGGCACCAAGGUCCCCUACCCCUUCGGCUUCUCCGACGGCUGCCCCAUCGCCCUGUCCUGCGACGCCAACACCUCCACGCCGAUCCUCCCAUACAGAGGCGACAACGGCACAUCCCCGUACCAUGUCGUGUUCUUCAACUCCACCGCAUCCUCCUUCGUCGUCUCUCUCCCGCCGUCGUGCGCACGCAGCGUCUCCGACGUCAGGAAGGCGCUCUCCGGCCGCAGCUACGACGUCUCUUUCCGCACCGUUCUGAUCCUCCGUGGUGGCUGCCGCGGCAGCAGCGACGCAGCGGCCGGCGCCGGGUGUAGCGUGCCGGCGUCUGCCGUGUCCAGGCUGCUCCGAACGGCGCAGUGCGGCAGGAACGACACCUCCACCGAGGUCGCGUGCGUUGCUUCUGCUGCGCCGAACGCCACGGUGGCGAGGGCGGUGUCUCUGUUCUGGGAGAAGGUCGAGGAGCAAAAGUGUGACGACGUGCUGACCUCCGCUGUAUUCAUGAACACGGCGGAGGGGACGGUGUCGCCGGAGUUUAAGACGGCGGAGUUGGGGUGGUGGGUCAAUGGCACGUGUGCCGGCGGUGAGGCUGGCGGCCAGUGUACGCCGAAGGCCGCGACGUGCUCCGACAUGGAUACACCGAGCGGGGAGAGCGGGUACCGAUGCGCGUGCAUGGCGGGGUCCUACGGCGACGGGUACGCGGCUGGAGAUGGAUGCAACGUCGAUCCAACAUGGGCAAAGUUGAUCGUCGGGGCCGCGUUGGUAACAUGGGCUUUGGUCGUGCUCAUACUUGCUAUCUGCAUAAUUUCUUGUAUCUGUCUCUGCCUCUGCUGUCACCGUCGAAGGCGCAGUAACACGAAGAAAACCAAACAAUCGUUGAAAGCGUUGACAACACUAUUUCGCGGCGAACUUGUCGAUGGCGAGCUCGACCAAGGACUCUCUGGGCCCCGACGAUUUUCUUUCGAGGAGCUCGCUGCAGCGACGGAUAACUUCUCCAAUGACAGGGCGCUCGGGAGAGGAGGCUUUGGGUCUGUGUACCGAGGGUUUAUGAGUGACAUGAACCGCGAAGUGGCUGUCAAGAAGGUGUCAGAGACAUCUCAUCAGGGCUGGAAGGAGUUCCUCUCGGAGGUGCGGAUCAUUAGUCGGCUGAGGCACCGCAACCUCGUGCAGCUCAUCGGCUGGUGCCAUGGCGGCGAUGAGCUCCUCCUUGUCUACGAGCUAAUGCACAAUGGCAGCCUCGACACUCAUUUGUACAGAUCCGACUACGUGCUGACAUGGCCUGUUAGGUACGAGAUAGUGCUCGGCAUAGGUUCCGCACUUCUGUACUUGCAUCAAGACACGGAGCAGCGUGUGGUGCACAGGGACAUCAAGCCAAGCAACAUCAUGCUAGAUGCCUCCUUCACCGCCAAGCUCGGCGACUUCGGGCUCGCGCGGCUCAUCAAUGAUGGCCAGAUAUCGUACAUGACUGACACAGCCGGCACAAUGGGGUACAUCGACCCGGAGAGCGUGCUGGCCGGCACAGCGAGCGUCGAGUCGGAUGUGUACAGCUUCGGGGUCCUCCUCCUCGAGGUCGCAUGUGGUCGGCGGCCAGCUCUAGUCCAGGAAGACGGUGGUGCCGUCCACCUGGUGUCAUGGGUGUGGGACUUGUACAGCGGAGGAUCAAUCCGUGCCGCCGCCGACGAGCGGCUUAGGGGGGAGUUUGACGGUGCGGAGAUGGAGGGUGUUAUGGUCGUGGGGCUCUGGUGUGCGCACCCUGACCGUGGCAUGCGGCCAUCCAUCAGGCAAGCGAUGAACGUGCUGCGGUUCGAAGCGCCAUUGCCGAGCCUCCCGGCAAAGAUGCCGGUGGCGACCUAUGGGCCGCCGACUAAUCCUUUGACUUCAGGAACUUUGGUGCUGAGCAGCAGCAUCAGUGGCCGGUGAAGGCGUUCCUACCGGUACACAUGGACCACCAACGAUGGACUUUCUAGUUACGGACUGAUGUGGCAUAUCAUUUUGUGUGUCCGGUCUAAUUGAAAAGCACUGGGCCUACAUCGCAAAUUCGAUGUGUGUUCGCUAGUUAAAUUCUCCAUUUCUCACCCAAAAAUAAAAACUUCUAGUACCACGAGCAGAAAGAGCCAAGUACUGACAUAAAGUGUUGCAGCCAUUGAGCGUCUAUAGAACAAACCCGAUGUAUAUUGCCGGAUCAUUUGUAUUUUGCA